CACCUCUCCGAGCUGGUGGAACAAACCCUCAGUGACCUGGAGCAAUCCAAGUGCAUCAGCAUCGAGGACGAGAUGGACGUGGCUCCUCUGAACCUGGGGAUGAUCGCUGCCUAUUACUACAUCAACUACACCACCAUCGAGCUCUUCAGCAUGUCCCUCAACGCCAAGACUAAAGUGCGAGGGUUGAUUGAAAUCAUCUCCAACGCUGCUGAGUACGAGAACAUCCCCAUCAGGCACCACGAGGACAAUCUGCUGCGGCAGUUGGCCCAGAAAGUUCCCCACAAACUGACCAACCCCAAAUUCAACGAUCCCCACGUCAAGACCAACCUCCUGCUGCAGGCUCACCUGUCCCGCAUGCAGCUGAGCGCCGAGCUGCAGUCGGACACCGAGGAAAUCCUCAGCAAGGCCAUCCGGCUGAUCCAGGCUUGUGUGGACGUGUUGUCCAGCAACGGUUGGCUCGCCCUGGCCGCCAUGGAGCUGGCGCAGAUGGUGACACAGGCCAUGUGGUCCAAGGAUUCCUACCUCAAGCAGCUGCCUCACUUCACCUCCGAGCACAUCAAGCGCUGCACCGACAAG